AUGAAGGACCUCCUCAGAGAGACGCCCUUCGGCACACUCGUGCGCCUCGUCGCACCAAGCGCCUUCCCCUACCCAGAGGAAGAACCAACCUUUACGGUUCCCGAGGUGUAUCGCCCCCGGGGAGCUCUCGGCGUUUUCGACGAAUCCGACCGCACCUUGGUCUCGUCGACAACCGACACCCCGAAACCCAAGGAGUCCGACUCAGAUGCCUCGACCACCGCAGAGUACGCGUUACGCGCGUUCGAAGCAACUCCCGUCCCCAAGGGGAUGUAUGAUCCCUUUGCUGAGCGUACCGCACACGCUAUCGAUCUCGCACCCGACGGUACCGUCCUCGUCACGUGGUAUGGGCCAGACGACCCGUCCAACCCCCAGAAUUGGAGCCGGGGGAAGAAGGCCUGGGCUGGCUUCGUCAUCAUGUACUACACGUUCGCGAUCUACGCCGGCUCGUCGAUUGUCGCAUUCGCAUUCGAAGACGUGGCAAACCACUUUAAUGUAUCGACCAUCGUCGCCGCGCUGCUUCUCACCCUCUUCGUGGCCGGAUACGCUGUCGGCCCACUCUUCCUUGCUCCGCUUUCCGAGAUUGCCUCGAUCGGCCGCAACCCACCCUACGUGGUGUCCAUGUUCCUCUUCUGCAUUUUACAGGUACCCAGCGCACUCACUCCCUCCUUUGCCGGGCUAUGCGUCCUCCGCUUCCUCGCCGGCUUUAUGGGUUCGCCUCCCCUCGCUACAGGCGGCGCGUCUCUCACCGACAUUUUCUCGCCUCAGAAGGCAGGGUACGCCCUUGGCCUUUACGGUGUCGCGGUGGGGGUUGCGCCUGCCAUCGCGCCAAUGCUCUCGGGCUUUGCAAUUGAGAGGUGGGGCUGGGAAUGGGCUUUCUGGGAGAUGCUCAUGAUCGGUGGACUCGGCUUCCUCCUCCUCUUCUUUGGACUUCCUGAGACCAAUGCCGACACGAUUCUCUACAAGCGUGCCGCUCGGUUACGCACCCUCACGCAGAGCGACAACCUACUAUGCGAGAGCGAGAUUCUCGACGCCGAAAAGACGUUCUCGGGCGUCAUGUACGAAGCGCUCGCCCGCCCCCUCGAGAUGACGGUGCGCGAACCAAUUGUCCUCGCCAUCAACCUAUACGUUGGGCUCACCUACGCCAUUCUCUACUCGUACUUUGAGAGUUACCCGCUCGUCUUCCACAUGGGCUACGGUUGGAGUCUCGGUAUGGCCGGUCUCCCUCUCCUAGCCCUGACUGUCGGCGGUAUGUUGUCUUAUGCGGUAUACUGCAUCUGGUCAAUCUACGUCUGGGAACCACAGUAUGUGGCCGCCAAAGGCCGCCUCGUCCCCGAAGCAUACCUCCCCCUCUCACUAUAUGGGGCGUGGUGUUACCCCAUCUGCCUCUUCUGGUUCGCAUGGACAGCAAACAGGACACACUGGGUUUCGCCAAUGCUGGCGGCGGGUCUGUUCGGCCUGGCAGACUGCUGGUCAUUCAUGCCCUACCUCAACUACCUCUGUGUCGCGUAUCCCAAAUACGCAGCCAGCGCUCUGGCCAGUAACGACUUUGUGCGCUCCAUGAUGGGUGCGGCUAUGCCUAUUGUCGCUUACCCGCUGUUCAACAACCUCGGCAUCGCGUGGGGCAACUCUGUGCUUGGUUUCGCAUCGGCUGCGUUCGUUCCCAUCCCAUUCCUCCUGUAUUGGUACGGCCCGGCACUGCGCGCUCGCUCCCCAAUGGCAACGCAUAUUGGCACGAGCAAGGACCCGCUGUGGGUCGCUGAGCGUCCAGACGCUGAGGCACGUGCCGAGUGA